AUGGGCUCCUUCUAUCCGAAGGGUGGUGCUUGCAAGUGCCUUGCGCACGGGACUGAUGGUGGAUGUGCCGCGUUUGCGACUCGUACUGGCUUCACGGGCACCCGUGCAUUUUGUAUGGAAUAUGAAGACCCCUCCUUUUCGGUUGGGAUCUACGUCGUGUGGUUCGAUUUUGUGGCCUUCCUGUGUUGUGUCCUCGUUUGCCCAGCCCCACAAGCGGUCAAAAAGUGGGCCCUGAGCUGGCACAUGGUCUAUAUGAUGGCUUUUCUUUCGUUUCAGGGAUUCCAUGCCUCGCACGCCGUAACCUUAACCACAAUGUUGGGCGCUGGUCUUUCGCUCAUCAUCGUGCUCGUGCCAUCGUAUGACCCUGAUAAGCCCUGCUGCCUGACAUGCAGCAGCGUCGUCGCGAAUAAAUUGGAGGAGCACCCAAUGAAGUUACAAGAGACACUCAAGCAAGUUCUGAAUGACAGCAUCGAGCUCAUGACUGAACAACCCAUGCGUAGGGGGAGCACUUAUACAGCCAAGGGUUUCAAGAUCGAAUCAGCCAUCGGAUCAAUCAGCACGCAGUUCGCAACAAUGGUGAAAGACUACUACGAUUCUUGGUGGGAGGGCUGGCUGUUCUUGUUCUGGAGGCGCUCGUGGUUCCGACAGGCGCGCUGGAGUUGCGGACUCUACGUGCAGUUCUUUGACGAACAGGUUGGCGGGCUUGACGACGCGCUGCACAUACUGAAGAAAAGUGUGGUCUUCGAGACUGCGGCUCUCUAUGAUGACCCGGACCAAGAUGAAGAUAUAGCAAGCAUCAGGGAGUUCCGGAGUGGGGUGGAGCGUGAGACGCAGAAGUUGGCAGACGCUAUUCAAAAUUAUUCGACGCCAUCAACACAAAGGACUUCAUCGAUACUAAGGCGAGGGAUAAUGUGCGGGGAUGUGUCGAUGACUUGUCGGAGAAGUUUGCCUCCACAAGAGGCGAAGUGCGCGACAAUAACAGACGCGUGCAAGACUUGA